AUGGCAUUCAACGAUAAGAACAAAAAGCCGGACGUUCCUGAUGGAUGGUUAGCCAAAUGGGACGAUAACUACAAUCGAUGGUUCUUCGUCAAUUUGGAGACGAAAAAGUCGCAAUGGGAAAUGCCGGAAGAUGACAAGGUCAAGCCGCCACCCUACGCUCCCUCUGAUUCCAAGCCUAAGAAGGAAUCGUCUCGUCCCCCAGUGUCCCCACCGACCCAAUCCCAUUCCCUGGCACCUAGUAAUGCGGGUCAAACCGACCGUGGUUGGUUCAGUGGCAAGAAGCAACUGAGCAACUAUCCCCCGCAAAACUCAGGUAACUACGGUGGUGGUGGUGGCUAUGGUGCUCCUCAAGGUGGCUAUGGAGGCCCUCAAGGUGGCUACCCUCAUGGAGGCUACGGCGGUCCCCAAGGUUACCCUCCUCAAGGUUACCCUCCUCAGGGCUACCCUCCUCAAGGUUAUUACCCUCCCCCACAACAGUACAUGGCUCAACCGCAAUACGUUCAAGCGGCACCUCGUCGUCAAGGAAUGAGUCCCGGCACUGGUGCGUUGUUAGGUGCAGGUGGCGGUCUUCUUGGUGGUAUGAUGUUGAUGCAUGGUAUGGACGAGAUGAGAGAAGACGCCUACCAAGAUGGCUACGACAACGGUUUCGCCAAUGGUGACGAUUAUGGUGGUGGUGACUUUGGUGGUGGCGACUUUGGGGGAGACUUUUAG